AAUUCAAUUUACGGUAAAAUUAAUAAUUUGCAAUCCAUUCCAAACAUUAUAGAUAAUCAUAUUUGACGAUGUCCGUGUUCUUCAUUAUUUUUGUCCUUAUUUGGGGCCUAGUUGAUUCUUGUGUACAGUCAUGUCUUUAUUGUUAAGGUGACUUCAGUAAAUUUAUAAAACUAUGUUGCACAUUGGGUCGAGAUGCCGCGGGAUAUUUUGAGUGACAGUCUGGCAGUCCUCAGCAUUGUUGAACAUGAAGAGGAAGAAAGCUGGCCGCUUGAUGAAAAGCCAUCUUUUAAACAAAAUAAUAAGAAACUGUCGAAUGUGCCAUUAAACAGCCAGUCUAUAUCGUACCCGAAGGAUGACUGUGCCUGUUAUUAUAAUUAUGCCCAUGGAGAUUCUGGAACCAAUCGACAGAGUGAUCCACUUUACCAGUACAAAACCAGCAGCUUGCCAGCUGGAGCAUCAUCCCUUAACCAAACUUGGGACAAAGUAGUGCGCUCAGCACUGAGGCUGACACCUGAAGAUAUUGCCAACCAACUUACCCUGCUGGACUUGCCAUGUUUUAAAUCAAUUAAACCUGAAGAACUGACUACUUGUGGCUGGAACAAAUCAAACAAGUUGACUGUUGCACCCAAUGUAGUUGCAUUCACUAAGCGAUUCAAUAGGGUCAGCUUUUGGACUGUGCAAGAGAUAUUAAAUGGGCAAACUCCAAAAUCAAGGGCUGAAACUAUGACACAUUUUAUAAAAGUAGCCAAAAAGCUACAUGAUCUUAACAAUUUACAUUCUCUCUUUGCAGUAAUUUCAGCACUGCAUAGUGCUAGUAUAUACAGGUUAACUAAAACAUGGGCAUGUUUAUCAAAAAAGGAUAAGCAGCAGUUUGAUAAGCUUGCAGAGUUAUUUGGAGAGAAGGAUAACUGGAAUGCACUGAGAGAAUAUUUAAAGUCUAUAUCCUUGCCUUGUAUACCUUAUCUUGGUUUAUUUUUGACAGAUCUCACAUACAUAUCUAUAGCUCAUCCCGAAGGCUCCCCACACAGGAUAUCGAAGAUGGCUGUGGUGCUAAAGGCUGUCGUCAGGUACCAGACCUCGGAAUAUGACAUUGCUCCUUUGCCGCAUGUAGCUGAUUACUUGAAUAGUGUUCGCUAUAUCGAGGAGCUGCAAAAAUUUGUUGAAGAUGAUCAAUACAAAUUAUCCAAGAAGCUUGAGCCUCCAUCGCCAGUCGGUAGUUGUACAGGUUCCAAGGAAUCCGUGAAAGAAGUUAUCCCAGCCGGGACGUCCACACCCUUCACACUAUCACCUUCCCACAGACUGGGCUCAGGCUCAUUGCGGUUGCAAGGGACCUACCAGCAGUCCAAGUUUAUACCGACCCAUCGCAAAUGCCGUUCACUUGGCUCCAACAUAUUUGGCAAAAGUCACACAGACGAGAAGAUGGAUGAAAAGACGCCGGCUGGGUCUGUGAACCUGUUGGACGACACGUUAUUGGAGUCGCCCGGCUCUGUGGCCUGCGAUAAGAUGUCACAGUCAUUGCCUCGUGGUGAUUUAUCGAAAGCGGAAGAGAUCGAUUGUGAAUACGAGGGAUUCGUUCGAAGAAAAACAAUCUUGAAGGACGGCAGAAAGAUAUCACUCUCGUCGUGGCAGAGAUAUUGGUUGCAAAUCUCUGGGAACAUCCUCGUAUUUUAUGCAUCUAAGUCAUUCAAAGGUACAAAUCGCAGCGACUUUCGCAUAGAACGUUGCAAAAUGUUGCCGCUAGAGGGCUGGGCGGCCGCGCGGGACGGCCACUCCGCCCUGGCCUUCCAGUUGGUCAACCAUCACGCCGGCACUCUCUACAAGUUCAAGACCGUUACGGAGUUGGAAGCUAAGGAAUGGGUAUCGUUAAUAGAAAACGUCUCGUAUAAAUUGGUAAAGCCGCUGCCGGCCAACUUGAUGUCGUUCGAAUAACAUGUGCGCGUGCUCCGGUGACCGCAUAGUCUGUCACACGAAGACCAUUAUAAGCUGAUCUUGCAUCUCAGUCAGAUCUGUACACAAAGCGAGAUAAGCUUAUAUUGGUUUCACAUGACGGUCUUAAUUUAGUUACUUUGUGAUCUGAUUCAAUCUCGAAUUGAUUGUGUCGCAUUUUGACUGCAUAUUUUAUUUUUAUUAAAUGCAAGUCUGGAUUUGAACAAAUUUUAAACAGUUUAAUAUUAUUUGUAAUUAUACUUUAGUACUUAUAGUAAUGUAACGCACUAUUUGUAUUGUAAAUAUAGAGAACGGAUAUUAUUCUAUCGUUUGUCACAAAAUGUGUUGAGAUUAGACCCAUAAAUUUUAAACUGUAACAAAUACAUCACGUUAAGAUAACACGAAUCACAAGUAGAGGAAGAUGGAAAAUAAAAGCUAUCAUUAGGUAGGACUAUUAAACUUCUUUUUUAGAUAUGAUGUGCGUUAUUUAAGAAAUAAUAUGGACUGGACAUGUAUACUCAAUCCACCGAACAAUAUUUUUUUAGUUAGUAGGUACAUAGAUACAAUAAAUAGCAUCACAUUUUCUCAUAAGGUCUUGUUUUUAGUGUCGAGGACCUGAGCUGACUUUUCUCUAUUGAGAUUUACUUCUAUUAGUUUGACUUGGUACUAAUAGGCUUUUGGCUACAAAAUUAUGAUGAAUCAUGUAUUCCUUUAUAUCCGUAGGUGAGAGAAAAUGAGCUGAAUUAAUUCACUCGAUCAAAUUGAAAUUUACAACAACCAAAGGUAAGUAAAUUAUAAACAUACAUACAUACAUAUGAUCACGUCUAUAUCCCUUGCGGGGUAGACAGAGCCAACAGUCUUGAAAAGACUGAAUGGCCACGUUCAGCUAUUUGGCUUAAUGAUAGAACCGAGAUUCAAAUAGUGACAAAUUUUUCUUAUUUAAAUUAUAAAAUAAGAAAGAUAUCGUUUUGGUAGUGAUAUCAAGAAAAAAGAGCUUGUGACGUAAGUGAACGAUGUAAGAUGGAGUACGAUGAAAGUAUCAGUGAGUUCAGUUCAAUUCAAUUCAUUGGAGUUGGCAAAUGACGCGAAGUGGAAGAAAGUAAUAUAUUCUUUUAAAUAAAAGUGAGCUAAAUAACUGAUGUGAACCUUAACAAUUUCUUGCAAUUUUAAUUACAAGAAAAUAAACAAAAAAAAACAAAAUAUCUCUUGUAUAAUUAAAAAAAAUCAUAAAAAAAUCUUUGUCGAAUCUUACUAUUACUAUUACUUUUAUCAAGUAUAAUUUUUGCUGUUACAAAUAUAAGUAAAAACUCCUAUUUCUGCGGCGCUAUCGUAUAGCAGUAAUCCCUCAAAGCAAAAACAGCAAAACCAAAUUAAUUGGAGUGCCUUUAGAGUUGGACAUGUGGAUCCAAUUACUCUGUAUUGAUAUAAAACCCUUUGAAAUAUUUUUUGUACUUAAAAUACCAACAUUAGGGUGUCCCUUAAAUUUCAAGUUCGAUAUUUUUUUACGCAUACCUUCUUAAAAGUUUCGUAAUAACCCUAUAUUGUCUAGAAAAAAAUAUUAGUUCAAUUUAUAAACGAUAACCCGUGCCGACUUGCUAUUUAAACUUUUCUAUACAAGUUGCGCAACGUACUGCGCUGUGACUUGUAACUACCAGUUUUAUUUGCCAUUUCCUAAGUAAUUUUUUAAAACUAUUAGUGCUCCAUUUUUAGGGCUUAACAUGUCGGUGGAAUAACGGGUGAUAAACAAAAUAUUUUUCUUAUCGGAUUGCCUAGCUACCAAAUAAAUGGUGCAAAAUUACCAUUUAAUCGACAAGAGUUCUCACAGUCCUAUUUUACAAUAUUCGUUAGGUUAAAUUGACUGUUAGUGAAAUUGCAAAUUUUGUGAUUAAAGAGUGCAUCAUAUAGUGAGAAAAUGCAAGAAUUCUAACAAGGGUAUUUCCGAACUGCGUGAAGAAACAUCAUCAUCAGUAUCAUGUUUGGAGAAAGUUGCAAAAAAAUUGUAAGAAAACUCAGGUAACGUUUCAGAGCCGUGAGAGCAAUUCGAAAUUAAGCUUGAUAAUUUGUUUGAUAUGCUGAUGCUUUUGAGAGAAUGAAAAUAGAGGGACAUAAAUAUUUUUUAAUGAAACAGAGAGUUCCAGGUCGCCCGGGAUGCUUAGGUGGUGUAGAUAAAAAAUUGGCGGAAAAAAAAGGAAGAUCUGGACAACGACGAUUGGAAGAAGAGGCAAGAAUUGUAAGACAAAGAGAAUCACUAGUUGUUGCAUCUACUUCCACCAUAAAUUCCUUAGAAAGUCUGGGAGAUUCAGACGAAGAACAGAUCUUGAAUUCUAUACUCAGCUUGCCGGAUGUUCAAAUGUACGAGUACUUACAGUGGCGCCCAAAGCACAUGUUAAAAGAGUACGAAAACGUUGACGCAACAACAUCUUAAGCUUUAAGCAAGUCCAGCCAUCACUUGUAGUACUUAUGUGAAGAGACAGUCAUUCUUUACUAUGUGAUGAUGAAGUUUAUAACCAAACUAAGAAGAAAAUUAUUGCCAACUUCAACAAGGACAAAAACUCAGAUUUUAGCAUGACCCGUCGAAGGAAAAACUGACUCAAAAGUUAUUUUGUAAUUUAAAUAAACAUUUUGUUAUUUUUUUUAAAUUGUUGUUGAAUUUUUAUUUUACUGAUUUCUACUUUUUUCAGACAAAACACUGGAUGAUUUCGUAUCGGAAAAGAGCACACAAUUUUUAUCGCGACUGCAGAUCGACAACAGUUUUCUAAAGAAAGUUGCAUCUUCUUGGAAUAACAAUUCUGCUUUUCUGGAAGCUAAAAAAAGUUAUUUGGGAGUUGUAAAUGAUACUGCUGAAAGGGCUGUUAAAUAAUUGCAAGAUUAUAACGGACUUAUCACGGUUGAAGAAGAACAAUAACAGUUCUUACUGCGCUGUGUCCAGGAACAUAGAAAAUUGUAUCCGGACUGUAAAAAAACUACUCUAAAAUGAAGUUACCCUGAGUGAUUGUUAUUAAUUUAUGUUUUUAAUUAAAGAUUCAUGUUCUAUUAAUUUAUUUUUUUAUUUUCAUUCACUUCAUCCAUUGCAUUUAUAGUGAUUUUACAGCAGACCGAAAUUUUAGAAGGAAACACGUUUUUUACUAAACUUUGAAGCUCGGUCGGCAUUGGUUGCAGUUAUGCUAGAUUGAUAAAAUUUUAUAUUUAAGUAUCUUAUAGCAUUAGUAAAAAAUAUAGAGGGUAUGCAUUUCAAAAUUCCAAAAAAAAAUUUUUUUUGUCAUAUAAGGGACACCCUAACCAACAUGUAUUCUCAAUUUUUCUGUCUUAGUUUUCAAUCAAUUUUCUCUCAAUAUUUAUUUCAUUUGAAAUUAAUAUACUCCGAAUGAUUUAUAGAACCUUGAAUGAAAAUUUAAUGCCGCUAACUUCUCUUACGAACAGAUGGUUUCGCCUACAGGAUGCUUAAAGUCAUGAAAGCUUCACAGAUGCUUUAUCGAUGAAGCUUUAUCUGCAUGUAAGGUGAUUAGGAAAAUUAGUAUUUUGCAGAAAACAUUUGUGUUUAUUUGGCCCAUUCUUAUGGUGGUGUUGCAAUUUUCAUUAAAAAAUUGUUAAAAAAAUCAGCAAAAAAAUCUUUACAUUUUAUUGACACUCCACAUAAUUAAGAAAACUACGUAGGGUAUCUACCUACUCGGUUAUUAAUAUUAAACACAAAUACUAUUACAUUAUUAUGGGUACAAGUCUCUCAAAACAGCGCUGUUCCUUUUACAAACUUUUUUGCAGUUUUAUAAACCUUGUCCUGGAAUUGAGAGGCAAAGUUGGAUUUGUCCAACCUAGUUCUUUUUAGUAGAGCAAUGAUGCAAGUCUGUAACCCCCGGUUCGCGAUCCCUACACGCACUUGGUCCGUUAUAUGCAGAAACAAAGUUAACAUUUUAAUUUAGUUUUCUUUUUAUAAGUACUUAAAGUUAACGUUUAGAGGCACGAACGUUACGUUAUCUGACUUUAAGAACCUAGUUUUAAAGAUUUAAGUCAAGAUUUAAAAAUCUCUUUUCUGAAUUUCUACAUAGGUACAUUUUAUUAAUUGCGAGAAGGUGUAGGAUAUAUAAUAAUCUUAAAAUUCGAAGGUUUGAAUGAAACAUUAAAAAAUUCUUAAUGCGGUGGCACUGCUUUGAUGUUUAUUGGUACAUCUUUGGCGAAAUUGAAUUAAAAUAGAAAUUUUAAUAAAAAGAAGUGCAAUAUUUAGUAUAACUGAGCAACAAAUGAAACUGCACUGAUCACUUCAAUCGCAACCCAUACAUACUAUUUCAAAUUUGAUGGGUAUGAUAUAGCAUAUUCUAACAACGUUAACUUCUUCACGAAAAUAAAAAUAUAAUAAACAUAUUCACUUUGUUUAUUUUUUUAUUUUUUUUUUGUAUUAUUAAAGUUUCCCAUAAUUGCAGUUAUGCGAAUAAUGCAGUUUUGCGAAUAUUUGAAAUACUAAAAUAUAUUUUUAUCGUGAAUUGAUGUGCUGGGGAAAUACCUUAUUUGCAAGGCCUAAUUUCGCAACUAAAUAUAUAAAAGAGACCGUGAAGUCUAGAGGUUUGAAAUUUGUCAUGUAUGUUCCUCAUGUGGCAUUGGUGUGCAUUAAGAGAAGAAAUACCGAAAUUCUGAACGGAUUAUUAAAGGGAUUAUUCGGUUUACGAGGGCGAAGCCGCGGGCGUACUCUUGUGGUUCGUAAAAUGGAACAUCGUUGUGACGACGUAUGCAAUCAAAUGCAUAAUCCAUUACAUUCAAAAUCUUAUCCUUAGUUAUAAUAAUCGCCUCGUUGCAAUUAAUUGCUUUUAUUGAUUCUAUUUGGAACCUAAAAUUUUUAGUCAAUAAACCUUGUUGCCAGUAUUGUUAAUUGGAUAACUGCAUAUGACGGCUGCCUCGAGCAGGCACGUAUUAAGUAUGUAUUUGAUUUAAAUAUCCUAUUAUCAAGAUAAAUUUAUCGAACAAAAUAUUAGUCGCCCAGAUUAUAUAUACGUUUGAUUUAAUACAUUAAAGUGAUAAUAUCUGGUUAAUUUUCAGAAAAAUUUGCUACUGGCGAUUUAAUAUGAUUGGGUAUUUUUUGUAAAAAUAUAUUAAUCUGAAUAAUAUAAAACAAAAGAAAUGUCAUAUUGCACUUGGAACUAUAAGAAUAAUUAACUUAUCUUUUCUUUAUGGCAUAACACAAAUUUUUUUUGUGCAGUUCUAACACUGUAAAAUAAAAUAAAACAUGCCAAGCAAGAUAAAAUCGAUAUGGCGACUAAUGUUUCUAACAAUCAGGAGUUGCCACGACACAUUCACCAGUACUUGCACUUCUAUGGUAUUAUAUUCAUCCGAAUUCUAUUUAUAUACUAAAGCAGUUUUGCUUCACCACGCCUGCCUUCGGUGACUUCGCGAAUUUGUAGAUAUUUAAGACGAUACAAUAUAUAAUAUUCAUAUAGAAAAAACGCUAGAUACGUUUAUUCUUCUCCUGGCUCAAAUCCCGUUUACCUACAUCCUCACCUAAAUGGAGAGGAGACCGAGAUGCGCCUUUUGACCAUGGUGCGAAAAUAAUAAACGUUUGAUUCGUUUAUUAAAGCAAAUAUUAUAUUUGAACUAUUUCAAUUGACAUAUAUUGACAUUAUACUUUUAAAUUGAAAUGAAAUGAAAUCUUUAUUGCUUAUUGUAAUCAAAGACUUCCGUAAAUACUAACUCUGACUUCAUAAAGAUAACGAUUUUUAUAUGUUUGGACGUUGACUAUAUUGCCUGGAUAGAAUACAUUAGACCGAACUAAGAGAUAAUGAAUGUCGUCUUUGUAUAUGUCGGCAGUUUAGUCAGAAAGGCAAAAAAAUAUAAAUAGACAAAAAAUAAUGACAUUAAAUGUAAUGCAUGUAAUGUAGAUACAUAUAAACUAGAUACGUUCUUAACAACUGCCCUUUUCUUGGUAAGGGUGAUUCAUGUAAUUAUUAAAACAAGAAAAUAAUUUUAAAAUACCUACGUAAUUUCCGAUGUGAAAUCAGUCGCGAUUUAAGGCAGAUUAACAUUUUUUGUGUCCUUUACCCAUGGUCCUCCUGGUGAGACAAGGGUAAACGACGCCAUUUAGUGUAAAACACAAACAAGUUAGUAAAAUACACUAAGUCAACAUAGUUAAUCUGUUUGAUGUAAAAUAUUAAAAAUGUUGGUUUAAAAUAUAAAUGGUUGGUCAUAAAUACAAGCUGGUUUUCGCUGUAAGUGGCCGUUAUCGAGGUGGCGCGGUGCUGCACUUCCGCUGUGAAUUUCCGCCGGCGGUACCAGGAAUGCGAGGCGAGCAUCGUCCGUUUAUUUUGAAGCGGCCACCAUCAACUACUAAUUCGAUUAAUAACUCUCAUUAGCUGUCAGCUUGCGAUUGUUACUACGUCCGCUGAGUGUUUACCAUAAAUUUAUCUCGUCCGCUGCCGGUGAAUUUGCGUUGAGUUUUUUUUUUCGGUGAAUUCAUUAUGGAGAUCCGGGAAUAAACACAUUUUAUUAAAAUACCUUGUUCAUCCAAUGUUACUAUUGCAAAUUAUGAAACUUUAGUCUUACUUGAGGUUGUGGCGCAAACAACGAACACUAACACUAAGCACAGUAUUCGAAUGAUACGUGCUUUCUCCACUCUCAACGUUGUGAAUACGAUAUUGUCUCUACCAUUAGUCAAAAACACAAAAAGUAAUUAAGAAAUAUUUGAAUAUGUAAAGAAACACAUUUAUUUUUUCAAUUUCCAUGCAUUCAUGUUUGGUUAACAGUUAAUGCUAAGGAUCUAACAAAAUAGAAGGGUCAGCGAAGCCGUUGAAUUUUGCUACUUUGAUUAAUUGGCUUAGAACGACAUCAUCUGACCUAGCCUGUAAACUACUUUUGUAUCGUUGUACACAAUAGUUUUCUAUGGAAAGGUUAAACUUGUGUUACUGAUAAAACACGAACUGAGGUAAGGUCGUCUUUAAGAUACCUAAUAAAUAUACAAUAAAUAAAUUAUUAAGAGAAUUGUAGAAAAUUCAUUUAAAUCGUUUUCUAAGUAUUUCUUCUAAAUGGCAUUCAGAAUAAACUAGAAAACGCGCAUGAACCCGGUUUUGGUUUAUACUUGUACAUUUACGUAUUUCAUCAUGAAAUUUGGCUUACCGUUACUUUUAGGAAAAGAUGGGAUUGUUUUUUCAAAUACAUGGGCGGAUAAUAUAUAUGAGGUUAUUUACUAGUUGCAUGAAAUUUUAUUAUAAAAAUUGUACGUCGCUCAAUGCAACUUGCAUUGAACAACUUUCGUAAGAGUGUAAGUAAACAAUACUAUCAGUACGCAUCCCUGAGUAUCAAAGGCGCUCCUCAGAUUCUCACCUCCGAAGUGCUAUUUGCGCUUGAUAUGGAUUGAAAGGAGUGGUACUCAGGCUUCUAUAGUUUGCAGUUCGCUCUACAGGUUCCUUUGUAGCAGAGCGUCGGAAUGUUUAUACAACUUAGUUUGUUCCGGGCUUAUAUGUUUUUUCUAGAAACUAGAAGUUGCCAGUCAUUUUGCUCAUAUCUUAGGGAUUUAUUCAAGGGGAAUUCUUCUAGUCGGAUAAAAUAAAAAUCUUAUUUGUCUGCUAUUAUGUCGUAUAAGAUCUUGCCUUAAUUAGCUUUCAGAGUGGUAUUAAAUGUUUCGUACAAAUUUUUAGCGUCUAUAAUAAGUGAUGCCUUUACUGUAUGAAUGACAUAUCGUGUCGAUGGAUCACAUACUUUGAUAUUGUAAGCAAUAAUUCGCGAUAAGGGAAUUUAUUCUUACUCGAAUUUUAUAAAACAAAAAAAUCUAUUCAUUAAAAUAGCAAAAUAGAUAAAACACUUUAAUGCUCACUAAAACGUUUAUUUUUGUGAAUGUAGUCAACGAAUAAAGUCAAUUUGAUUCGCUAUGUUGUACGAAGUCAUUAUUUAUUACUUGAAUAUAAUUGGCUUGUGUAAUGGUACAAUGUGGCUCUAGGGAUAAAGUGACGUUUUAGUCUUAUCUAUUAACUCCUUUAUUAUGCUUUUUAUAAGUAUUAUUUAGCGGUGCUGAGUAGUGCUGAAAUUUUGAAUAUUCGUUGACCGUGAAACUUUAAAACCUCCUUAUGAGUGAAACAAAAAGUAUUUCAUUGCAGUUACAAAUUCUCAAUUAUGUUUAUUUACGAUACUGCUCUCUGUUAUUUAUUAUAUAUGCGUUUAACCAAAGCUAUGUGUUAAAAUUCUUAAUUAUAUAGAUUAAAACUAGUUAGAUAUGCUGAGGCUAAUGUAUUCGACUGAUGUUAAAAUUGUCCUAUAUAGUAAUUACGCAAGUGUUUCAAGUAAUUAUUUUUUUGUAUUAUUGCAAAUAUAAGUUAACUAUAUUAUUAUGAAAUCAAUGUGUGAAUUGGCAUAAUGUGUAUCUCAUAUUUAUCAAUCAAUUAAUUAAAUGAUUUGUAAUUAUUAUACAUUUUGUAUUUAGGAUAUUAUUUGCACUUAAAAGUAAUCUUGGUUAACUAGGGAAAGUAAGCUGAUGUAACUAAAAAUAAUAACUAUCAGUAUCGCUGAAGUACAUACACAUUGUUAAAAGCUUCCCUAUAUAGCAGCAAUAAAAUGAUAUUGAGCUUUGUAACUAUAUAUAUGGCACUCUGUGCU